CAGAGUAGUGUGAGUGCGCACUCCUUCGGACGACGACGACGACCAUGGACUGGAGUAGUGCCCUUUUCGGCGUUACAAACUUUUAGCGUUUAGUUUCCACGCGGACAGAACGGAGUGAGGUGGAGGGAGCUGCUCUGAGCAGGAAUGGGGGAGAUAGAGGGUUCAUACCGGGUCCUGCAGACCCCUGGCACAAGGCUGGGAGCCCAGUUCAAUGCUGGUAUCAGCACUUUGGAGCCGGGCCAGAGCCUCAGUGGCAACAUGGUCAGUGGGAGCAAAAGCCACGGGCGAGGGCUACAGAUCCGUGUGCAAGUGCUGGACGACUCCCAGGACUUCUUUGAUAUAGACCCAAAAGCUUUUGGACAGGCCCUCCUCUCUGAGGUUUUCCACAGAGGCAACCUCAUAGAGAGCGAUUACUUUGGCCUCGAGUUUCAGAAUAUGCAGAUGAACUGGGUUUGGCUGGAACCCACGAAACCCAUUGUUAAACAAGUCAGAAGACCAACAAAUACCCUGUUUAGACUGUCAGUGAAAUUCUUUCCUCCAGACCCCGGUCAGCUGCAGGAGGAGUACACGAGGUACUUAUUCUCCUUGCAGAUGAAAAGAGAUCUGAUGGAGGGCAGGCUGAUCUGCACAGAGAAUACUGGAGCCCUGUUGGCAUCUCACCUCGUCCAGUCGGAGAUCGGCGACUAUGACGAUGAAGCAGACGUGGACUUCCUGAGGAUGAACAGGUUGUUGCCUUAUCAAGAGAAGGUGCAAGAGAGGAUCAUGGAGCUCCACCGCAGGCACCUGGGCCAGACACCAGCUGAAUCGGAUUUCCAAAUCCUGGAGAUUGCCCGUAAACUGGAGAUGUAUGGCGUCCGCUUCCACCCAGCAGCUGACCGGGAAGGCACCAGGAUCAACCUGGCUGUUGCUCAUAUGGGCCUUCAGGUGUUUCAGGGCAACACAAAAAUAAACACCUUUAACUGGUCCAAGAUUCGCAAACUGAGCUUCAAAAGAAAACGGUUCCUUAUCAAGCUCCACCCGGAGGUUCAUGGGCCCCAUCAGGACACUCUGGAGUUUAUGAUGGCCAGUCGUGACCAGUGUAAAAUCUUUUGGAAGAUCUGUGUGGAAUAUCACUCAUUUUUCCGUUUGUUUGACCAACCCCAACCCAAAUCCAAAGCCAUGCUCUUCACCAGAGGCUCUUCCUUCAGAUACAGUGGAAGGACCCAGAAGCAACUUGUGGAGUACGUCAGGGAAAACGGAGCAAAGAGAACGCCAUACCAGAGGAGGAACAGUAAAAUACGAAUGUCUGCUCGCUCCUUUGCAACAGAUGUGCCAAAACAGGGCUUGUCAUUCAGUGACAGUCUCAGGGCCCCUGGCUCCCCUUCCUCUGCGACAGUGUCCUUCCACCCAGUGCACAUCUCUAAUGUUCUCCCACGAACAGAACUCCAGCCUCAGCCCCAGCCUUUGCCCCCACUGAGCCAUUCUCCAGCGCCUCAGCAGCAGCAACAGCAGCAACAUCAGCUUCAGUCCCCUCUGCAAGCUACCAGACCCCCCAGCCCGCCGAAGGAAGAACCUGUCAAGGCUACUUCCCCAUCCCACUACGCUUUUCAAGAUUCAGUUGUGGACAGCCCUCAGCUCUCACCCUUCAACUCCAAGGGUCCCCUCUGCCUGUCGCCCUCCUUCCAGAUGUCGACCCUCAGCCUGCCGGGCCAGGCCCCGUCGCCCCUGCAAAGCCCCAUCCUGAGCGAGGUGGGCAGCAAUGCCAGGCUAGAGGAGGAGGAGGAGGGCAGGAGGAAGCGAUAUCCAACCGACAAGGCCUACUUCAUUGCCAAAGAGAUUCUGACCACAGAGCGAACGUACCUAAAAGACCUUGAGGUCAUCACAGUGUGGUUCCGCAGCGCUGUGAUCAAAGAAAACGCCAUGCCCGAUGGCCUGAUGACCCUCCUCUUCUCCAACAUCGAUCCCAUCUAUGAGUUCCACCGAGGCUUCCUCAAGGAGUUAGACCAGAGGCUGGCUCUCUGGGAGGGACGCUCUAAUGCUCACGUCAAAGGUGACUACCAGAGGAUCGGCGAUGUGAUGCUGAGGAACAUGUGUUCUCUAAAGGAAUUCACCAGCUACCUGCAGAAACACGAUGAGGUUUUGACGGAGUUGGAGAAAGCCACCAAGAGACUGAAGAAGCUGGAGACGGUCUACAAAGAGUUUGAGCUGCAGAAGGUUUGCUACCUGCCCCUCAAUACGUUCCUGCUCAAGCCCAUCCAGCGCCUCAUGCACUACAAACUCAUCCUGGAGAGACUGUGCAAGCAUUAUUCUCCAGCACACCGUGAUCAUGAUGACUGCAAGGAGGCUCUGAAGGAAGUUGCGGAGAUAGCCACUCAGCUGCAGAGCAGCCUGAUCCGGCUGGAGAAUUUCCAGAAGCUGACAGAGCUGCAGAGAGACUUGAUCGGUAUAGAGAACCUGACAGCACCAGGCAGGGAGUUCAUACGAGAGGGCUGUCUCUACAAGCUCACCAAGAAGGGACUGCAGCAAAGAAUGUUCUUCCUGUUCUCAGACAUGCUCCUCUACACAAGCAAAGGUGUUACAGCAACCAAUCAGUUCAAAGUGCACGGCCAGCUGCCCCUUCAUGGCAUGAUCGUUGAGGAGAGUGAAAACGAGUGGUCAGUCCCCCACUGCUUCACCAUCUACUCUGCUCAGAGAACCAUUGUCGUGGCAGCCAGCUCUAAAGUGGAGAUGGGGAAGUGGAUUGAGGAUCUGAAUCUGGCUAUUGACAUGGCCAAGAAGUCUCAAGAAAAAUCCAGCGUUUUCCUUGAUGCAGGACUCAGCGACCGCUCCAACCGGUCGUCUGACGAGGUUUCUCUGGAGCAGGAGUCGGAGGAUGACAUGAACUCCUCCAGGACUUCACUGGACAACCAGACGCAUCACCGUGCCAACACAACCAUGCAUGUGUGCUGGCACCGCAACACCAGUGUGUCUAUGUCCGAUCACAGCCUGGCUGUGGAGGCCUUCCUUCCUCUGUGUCUCUUCACCCUCUCAGUCUUCAGCUCUCCGGCUGUCUCACCAGAGCUUCCUCCUCGCUACCUCCUCGGUCAAGGCCAAAGACCAAACACCAUCACACAUGUUUGCUGGUACCGAAACCAGAACCUGUCUCUCACUGAUUACCUGCGCAUGAAUCAGAACCAGCUCUCAGGAUACCUCCUGAGGAAGUUCAAGAACAGCAACGGGUGGCAGAAGCUCUGGGUCGUUUUCACUAACUUCUGCUUGUUCUUCUACAAGACUCACCAGGAUGACUUCCCGCUGGCGAGUCUCCCCCUGCUCGGCUACACCGUCAGCACCCCCGAGGAGUCUGACAGCAUUCACAAGGAGUACGUCUUCAAACUGCAGUUCAAGUCCCAUGUUUACUUUUUCCGAGCGGAGAGCGAAUACACCUUCGAAAGAUGGAUGGAGGUGAUCAAGAGUGCAGCCAGCACCACGGGCCGGAUGAGCCUGCUCAUACCUAAAGGAGGUCCCAUGGAGAUAAACGGAAAAUGAAUCAAACAUCAUGUGUCUGGGGGCUGGGCCUCUGGGACGUCAGACCAACUCAGUCUCCUCAGACAGUCAGUUUACAGUGAAAUGAACUUUUGGACGUUAACAACUGGAGACUGAAAGAUACUGGCAGGUUUUAAGUGUUAACAUUUCUCAGCUUACUUCUCUAAUGGUCUGUGCGUUUUUCUUCAUUAAUGAUGUAAAUGAUAACAUUUGCUCCAGUAUAUACAGGAUAUAAUGAAAGGGAGACAUGUACAUUAUGAUCAGGUUUUUUUUCAUGUAGACUCAUACCACAGGAAGUACUGUUUUAUGGGACCAAAUCCAGCACCAAGGGCUUAAAUUCAGUCUUUUUGAAGGACUUUUCUCUUCAGCACAUGACGACUGAAGCUUUGUUGGGCACAGCACGCUGCCACGGGAAACAGAUGAUAAACAGUAUGUGGAAAAUGAAGGAACGGGAUAGUAUGUGCUCUGUUCACUGUACUUUGAAAGAGCCAGAGGUGUGUGUGUGCGUGUGAGACCGAGGCGAGAAGAAAGAAAACUGACAUGUGGGAAGAAGUUUGAAUCUCGAAGCCGUUUAAUUUGGGAGAUACAUGGGAAGUUCUGAGGAAUUCAUGCUGCUGUUGGGACAAAGACAUGAAAUUUGGCUUCAGACGUUUGUGAAAACAUUUUGCAGUGUUUUAAGCAUCAGCCUGAAUGAACUGUUGUAUAAGCAGCGUUUAUUUCUAAAGGAGGCUUGAUUUACCUGUUAAUGGAAAGAUGCAACAGAUGAUGAGCUGUUCUGCUUCAUACUCCUGAUUAGUUAGGCAGCAUUAUUUCCAGUUUGGUGCUUCUUUAAUAUCAAAUGUAAUCUUUUAUUCUGAUAUUAUUUUGCAUAGGGAUAACAGCUCUUGGACAUACUGUGCAGUGGUUACUUUAGCGUUUACUUUGUGUAAAAGUUGCCGAUUUUCCCUCUUAACACAAACAAGAAGAACAUAUUCUGAAGUGAUUGUACUUGGUGAUUGUGUCUCUGUGUCAGGCUGUUCAGACAGAGGGGAGCUGACGAAUGGGAGACAGUUAUUUAGUGCGCUACGUGCAACCAUGGUAUUAUUUGGUAUAUAUUUUUUAUGAAGACUGGAAUCUUUACUCUCUCUCUCUGUGUGUGCGCAGGUGUACAGUGUGUGUGUGUGUGUGUGUGUGCAUGUGCGUGCGUGUGUGUGUGUGUGUGCAGAGAAGCCAACUGUGUAGUCCUGCCUACACCUGUCCUGCCUCUGGAGCUGUGACAGACGGUGAUGAUAGAGGUCACCUCCCGACCGUCUGACGCUCUGUGUGUGUGUAAGACACUGACUCUGUUGCACAGUUAACAUUGAGUAUGUUACUCCUAUUUAUUGUUUAGCAUGUCAUCAGGGCCAUGCUCCUGAAUGCCCUCAUGUAGUCCUCAUGUUAUUCCAUUGAAAACCUAACAAAUAAAGAUCAUUUC